GAGAGAGAUGAAAACAUGGAGCAGUUAAUUUAAUUUAAUUCCAUCCUUAACCAAAAAAAUAAAAUAAAAUUUAAUUCCAUCACCAUCCCCUUUUCUCUUUCUCUCUCUCCCCCCUUAGCUUGAAGACGAAGAGUUAGUUUAACCGAAUCUUCCUUCUUCCCCCUUCUACCCCCCCUUCUAGCCCCCCCACCCUAUUUCCCCCUUUCCCCAAAUUCUCUCACAAAAAAUAAAGAGUAUUUUAGCAUUCUCUCCCUUCCAUGAUACUUCACCAUGUCGAAAAUGAAGCAUUUACUCCGUAAACUUCAUAUCGGUGGUGGUGUAGCCGAUCCUCCUCCUCACCACACCCCUCAUCUCACCUCUCCACCUCCUGUGAUUGAUCCGAGUCAACAGCAAACUAACCGGCUUGUACAAUCUGUGUCAACUUCAUCUUUGCCCCCUAAAACGACGCCGUCGUCAUCAUCAGCAUUGCCUAAACCCCUUGAGUUGAAUUCGGUUUCGGCUUCAGCUUCGGAAUCCGCUGACUUUAAUUACUUUGAAGAGGAGUUUCAGGUUCAAUUGGCUUUGGCAAUCAGUGUUUCUGACCCAGAUUCUCGUGAAGACCCCGAAACUGCCCAGAUCAAAGCAGCUCAAGAGAUAAGCUUGGGAUGUUCCCCUUUCGAAAAUCCUGUUGAGUUCCUUUCACUUCGUUAUUGGGUAAAGAUUGUGUCAUUUCAUGUGAGGACUAGAAAUUAAAAUAAAUAUUUCUAUGUAUGACCUUUUGCAUUGUGGGUCUUGUGCUUCUAGGAGUUCCUCAAGGGCUACUACUUUUGAGCUUUCAAAAUUAGUAAGUACAAUUUCACAUUUAAUUUAUGGGAUAGCGCUACUCAUAUGGUUGACGAACUGUAGGUCUUACUAGUUGCUAUCAGCCUAGUGAUUACACAUUCAAGUAAUUGUGAUGACGUAUUUGUACAGUGUAAUUAUAAGUGUACUGUUUGGUUGCAUAAGUGUAACCACAUUGUUAUGUCAAAUUUUUAAAAUAAAAGUUAAUUUUAUAAAAAAAUAAAAAAUUAAUAUUAUUAAGGGCAUUUAUAAAUGAUAUUAA